GGGAUCUCCUCCGACAUCCACCGGCGCAGCCUCUCUCCUCUCUUCCAUUUUCUCUCCAGCCAUACAGCAAUGGCGGGGACCUUCGCUCGCGCUGUGUCUUCUUCUCCUUCCUUCUUCUUCCCUUCUUCUUCUCUCCCUUUCUCUUCUCCCAAGCGAUCGUUUCUCUCUCCGCGGAAUUCGCCCAGAGCCUCCAGAUUUCCUAAGAUUUAUGCUUUGUCUACCAACGACAUCAAAGCGGGAACCAAUAUCGAAGUCGACGGAGCUCCUUGGCGUGUUCUAGAGUUUCUGCAUGUGAAACCAGGAAAAGGAGCUGCUUUCGUGAGGACUAAGAUCAGGAACUACGUAAGUGGAAGCACGGUGGAGAAAACGUUUCGCGCUGGCAUUAGCGUGGAGGAGGCAAAUGUUUUCAAGGAGACGAAGCAAUUCACGUACAAGGACGGUUCACAGUUUGUUUUCAUGGAUUUGAACACAUAUGAGGAAACACGUCUGAAUGAGUCAGAUGUGGGUGAAAAGACGAAGUAUCUGAAAGAGGGGAUGGAAUGUAUUCUGCUGUACUGGAGAGACAAGGUUAUAGAUUUUGAGCUUCCAAUUACAGUUCGACUAAAAGUGGUGGAUGUUGAUCCUGGCCUCCGUGGCGAUACUGCACAAGGUGGAUCAAAGCCGGCGACACUGGAAACAGGAGCAGUAGUAAGCGUUCCACUGUUUGUAAACGCGGAUGAAGAAAUACUGGUGGAUACGAGAACCGGCACGUACAUGAGCCGCGCCUAGGCCUAGUUUGAGACCCCAAUUCAGUGUAUCAAUGAGAUGAGAGGAGGCAUUAUACAGACACACGAUGAGAUGCCUCUCUGUUUUGUUUUUUUAAACAUUCAGUUUCAUUAACUACUUACCGCGAUUUGGAUAUCAGAGCCCAAUGGCAUAGCCUUAUUGCUGCUCA